GCUGCAGCUCGAGGGACGGUCUCCGUGGUGCAAUCUUUAAUUCGCUGAUGGUGCAUUAAUAAACAGAAAAGAUAAUCUAAUCGUACCACAGUACACCAUAGAAGACGCGUCUUCGUUCGCACGGAGAAUAACUCCUCUUCUGUGACGAUGGCAGUACCUCCAAAAGUGCUGCUUAAUCGAUGAAGUGUUGGAAAGAAGAUGCGAAGUGCUGUGGGAAGUUUUCGAUCGACCAUGGCCUGCAGUGAUUUAUAAUGGUGAUGCUUUUCAGGCAUUAGCUUGUAGAAAAAAAGAAGGAAAAAAUCUCAACCUCUGCCCGCCGCUUGGCGAUUGCAAUCGAUCCGCGGUGGUACGUGGUGAAAUAUUCGAUUAGGAAACCAAUUGAUCCGGAAUCGCGUUUAGUACAUAAAUUUCUACGCUAGCGGUGCACGAAAAGUUUAGUGAAAAUGGGCGAUAAACCAAACGGGCGCGGAAUGGCCGAUUCUGAGGGUUCAGGCAGUGGCGGAGUUCGAAAUGUCGCCCCCGGUGGCGACGUCGGCACCAACGGUGGCCCGUCGUCGGAUUCCGGUAGAAAUGUUCCCGAUCCAGCUACCCCGGCCAAGCAGCGUCUCGGCCAGAACGACAGCGUCCAACAACAGUUCACCCGGUUUGCAGACUACUUCGUGAUCUGCGGGCUGGAUUUGGAUUCUGGUCUCGAGCCAGAUUUGUUUGCGGGUGACAGCCUACACUGCUCGCCGCUGGAUAGCGCCUACAAAAGCAAACCGCUGGCCCACUAUCCGGAGCAUGUCGCGUGGAAUCCGUUCGACGCGCACGGCAUCUGCAUGCUGUCCCUGCCGCAAGGGUUGCGCUUUCGCACCCAGAAGCACAACAUCGAGCCCCGGUUCCACGCGUUCGCUACGACGCGCGAGGACGGCAAGCGGUGCUACGGCUUCAGCCUGGUGUUCUACGAGGAGGUGCGCAACCGUCAGAUCUGCAGCGCCAUGCACACGCUCCAGUCGAUGUUCAUCACGGAGAUCUCCAGCUCCCAGCAGCCGCCGCCGGGGACGCUGCGGCGCGUGAAAGACAGCCCGGUCAGUCGGUCGCUACCGAGGCACUUUAAAAUUGCCGCCCAAGCGCCGGCCUCCGCCCUGAGCUACUAUGACAUCACGAAGGACAAGCUGUACGUCGCCAAGAGCCUGUCGCUCGUGUGCCAGGUGCCGUAUGCGCACGUGGCUGAGCUAUUUCUGCAGAAUCUCUACCGUUGUCUUCCUCGGCAUCCCGGGUCGCGACUCAGCCUGGAAAGCUACGUGUACAACAUCCUCUACGAAGUGUCGACACCACCGCCGGGCAAAUCGAUCCGGAUAUACAUUCCGCCGGAAGAGCCGCACCUACCUCCGAUAGCGACCAUCCUGCAGCGGCCGGCCCCAAAGGAUGAGCUGCCAUUCAUGGACUUCCCGCUCCGGUUGCUGUUUACGUUCCUCGGCGUCGAGUGCGUCAUCCAGCUGUUCACCUGCGUGCUGCUCGAGAGCCAGGUGCUGCUGCGGUCGACCGACUACCAGAAGCUGACGAUCGUGGCCGAGUGCAUCACCUCGCUGCUGUUUCCCUUCCAGUGGCCGCACGUGUACGCCCCGAUUCUGCCCGCCUCGUUGCACCACUUUCUCGACGCGCCGGUACCGUUCGUAAUGGGGCUGCACGCAGACUGCGACAGCACCGUGCGCAUCGGCAGUGAGGCCAACCUGUGCUACGUCGACAUCGACAAGAAGUCGGUGCAGCUGCCGGAGGAGCUGCCCUCGUUUCCGCACCGGCACGACUUCAUCUCGGAGAUUACGGCCGUGCUCGACAAGUACGCGGUGCCGCGCGACCGCUCGUUCGAUCCGCCCAGCAUACUCAGCCCAAAGAAUCUCCUCAAGGACCAUGACAUGAUGACGGCCAGCUGCACGCUACCGUCGGGGAUGCACGUCCGCCGGAAGCACUCGCUGCACGACAUGCUCGACUGGGACCGGCCGAACUCACCCGAUCUUCCACUGCCGCCGACGGCCGUGCCGGCACGCCCGGACGUGCGGCAACGGAUCGUGGACAUUGUGCGUCGCAGCGGAGGCGACGAGGUCGACAGUGGCGGACCGAACGAGGUCAUGCCCAGCGCCAAGCAGAAGCAGCCACUGUCCACGCUCGAGCAGUACUACGAAGACCUGAGACUGAACAACGCGCUGCGCGAAAUCUUCCUCAACCGCUUCGUGCAGAUGUUUGCCGCCUACGAACACUUUGUUAUACUACCAAAUCAGAGCAAAGACGAAUGGCUGACCAACCGCGAGUCGCUGCACAACUUCGACAAGGCGUCGUUUCUUUCCGAUCAACCGCAGCACCAUCGUCCGUUCCUGUCCCGCUUUCUGGAGAGUCAAAUGUUCGCCACGCUCAUCGACAACAAGAUCAUGCUAUCGUGGGGCGACGAGGUGAACGGUUGCCAGCUGAUCGAUAGCCUAAACGGAGAUAUGGAGUAUUGCUUAAAGUUGUUCGACUCGCGGAUCAAAAUUCUACGUAAACGGUACGGCGGAGAGAGCAUGAUCCGGACCGCCAACUACGAGCCGUGCAUACUGGCCCGGGAAACGCAGAAGCUGCUCGACAAACGCCUGCAAGCGGUGGACAUGGAGGUGGCCCCACCGAGCGAGAUACUGGACAAACGGCCACCGUACUAUCGGAGCUUCCCGCUACUGGAAAAGUCCGCCCUCAAUCACGAAUGCGUCUCGAGGGGAAAUAGUUUACGGCGCGUGAAAAAUGGCAGUACCAAAUGGAAGCUGAAAGAAAUUUCGCUAGACGGUGGAGGCCAACCGACAGCUAACACCACCUCCGCUCUAUCAAAAGACACCGACGGUAACAAAUCUAACCGUAACUCGGCCAAUCUGACCGGCACCGAAAUCAGUCCCGCUUUGCUGGCCCAAGCAAACUGGACGUUCGUAGAAAAGCUGUUAAAAGACAUCAAAAGUAAAACCAAACGGAUGCUGCUCGAGAAGAUGGGCACCGAAGCGAUUGAGCUCGGACUCAGCGGGGAAGCGUCCGUUACCGGCGUGGAGGAGAACACAAUGAUCGCUUCGUUGUGCGACCUGCUGGAGAAAGUGUGGUCCCACGGGCUGAUCAACAAGCAGGGCAAAUCGGCCCUCUGGACGCACCUGGCCGCGUACCUGGAGAUCAAGGAUUGUCAGAAUCCGGGCAAGCAUCAGAUGGAGAACAGCUACCUUACACCAGAUUUGUCAUCGUUAGCCAUCGAACCACAGCUUCCACCACCGUCACCGACCCGAGGACGGUCCAAGUCUCGGGAACGUAAAAGUUUGGGUCCAGAGCAGCUACGACCCUUACCUGAGUCGCUCGAAUUUGAUAUACGCAACAUUUUGGCCAUGACGGACAUUAAAACUCACAUCGGAUAUGCGCGUGCCUGGGUUCGACUGGCGCUCGAGAAGAAGGUCCUGUCGCGUCACUUGCGUACCCUGCUGUCCGAUGCUGCCCUGCUCCGCCAACUCUACAAGCGGUCCGCGUUCGUGCGCUGCGACGAUGAGGUGGAACAAUUUCUCUACCAUCUACUGACGCUGAAUGCCGUUGACUACUUUUGCUUCACCAACACCUACCCGACGACGAAGCUGCCCUACCGGGUGGUGAUCUUCCCGUCGAAAAAGUCCAGUGCCGCCACGACGUCGGCCAACGUAUGGAUAGCGAUUUCGGGCAGUCUGGGCGAGACGCAGAUCAUCAACGUGCCACGCCAUUCGCUGGAGUUUGUCUUUCACCACAAAACUCUCGGUAUUCUAACAUCGCUGCGUGUCGGACACGAUGACACGGGAAUGUCGUCCAAGUGGCUGGUGGAGCAUGUCGUUGUCAGGAAUGAAGUUACUGGCCAUACCUACAAAUUCCCCUGUGGACGAUGGCUCGGAAGGGGUAUCGAUGACGGUUCGAUCGAGCGACUGCUGAUCGGGCAGCUGGUGCCGCGGACGGUCGACAGCGAGGAGCUGGUGGAAGCAUGCCGGACGCCCCCGCGCACCCGCAGCCCCAGCAUCCAGCGGCCCGAGGUACGCCCGUCCGAUAUCCAGCACAUGCUGGGCGAUUGUGUGAACGCGAUCGUGAAGUGGCACUACCGGCCGAGCAGGGACCGGGACGCCAGCUCGCUAACGAACCUGCUGUGCGGUGAGAACGGGCUGGUGAAGUGCCUCGAGCAGGCCUUCCUGUGCGGUUUCCGUUCGUCCCGCCUGUUCGGCCGCAACCUGUACCUCUGGGAUUACUUCGUGCGGGUGAAGGAGCAGUUCGAGAUCUGUCUGGUCGAGGAGUCGGUUGAAACGGUGCGCGGUGGUGGUGGUGGUGGUAGUGGUGGCGGGUCGUCGAGUUCACCGCCGACUAGUGGAUCGAGUCCGGAGUCGCCCCCGCAAGGCACAACGAGCGGUGGGCAACAUUAUCUUGCUGGUGGUGGGGCCGGCGCCCUGUCUCCCGUCGCUCGCCAAGAGCUGUCCGCCGUGUGGCACUGCUACUGCCAUCUGAUGGACGAAAUUAAUAACGUGAAGCAAACGUUGGGCAAGGACGGUCGCUUCCAGUUGUUUAUCUGUUUGAGCUUGAGGGAACAUCUGCUUCACCGGAUGUUGGUGCCGAUGGCGUUUACCCGCGUAACGGCGGAGAUGUACGAGGAGCAGAGCUUCAUGCGCAAGAAAGGGCUGCUGACGUUCUUGCGCCAAAUCCUGGAACCGCUGGACGAGUUUCACAUCGUGCUCGAAAAUUCGAUCACGCAAGGAAUCGGAUCACACUGUUAAGUGGCUGGAUAGGGUCUAUUUUCGAUUUCGAACGGUGACCGACGCAAGACAACAGGGAUAAGUCUUUUUUUAAACCCUAUUCGGUGCACUCCCAUGGCACUCAAAUCACAAUACUUUAGUGACACACUUUUCGUCGCGUUCCGGAGAUCAUCCAAUCGAUUCUGUCGAUCAUAUUCAUUUUGUUUUAAGGUUUCUUUCGUAAAGAUUUUCGGGGAUGGUAUGGGUUUUUUCGUUAUAAAUAUUCCAUCUAAUUGUCUAUUUUCCUAAAGUGAUCGAAAAACACUCUGAACUGCCGGCUCAGUGAAACAGAAGAAAAGCUUGAAAAAGAAGACGUAUGAAACUCUUUGAAAUACGUAGAAUAUACUUUUGGUGUUCAAGGGAAAGGCAAAGGCGAGAACGCCCGCAAGUCGAUGAUCGAUUUAUAAUAAGGUGUGAAUUCCUUCUCAUAAACUUGUAAUGCUCUCCUCAAUGGAACGCUAUUAUUAACCUCAUCAUUACAUUAGUUGAUUGUACGUCGUGAUAAAUAACUCCACUGAGUAAUAAUUCCCAUGGCUUUAGUUCAGUUCGACAGAACCAUCUAUCUUCCAAGAGCUGCUUAUAAUAUGUAAGGUGGUUAAUAUUUUUUUACUCACUGUGGAUAACACUCAUCGUAAAUAGUUUUACCAGUUUUUUUUUACUUUAGUAUCCGUAUAGACUGAACCGAAAGGGGCGAAUAUCUGCUAAAACAAACCAUUACUCGAUCCUAAUUCAGAAACUGUGGCCAAAGAAUAUACGAUUCGGGGAAUAGAGCGCGUGUACUCGGUGUAAGAAUCCAGCAUGGAAAUGCGGACGGGGGAAAGUGCACCAUCGCAUGCGACAAAAUGAUAUAUGCGGGAAAACUCCGGUUUUGGUUGUUGAUUUAUGUUAUCAGUUUUCGUUGCGUUAUAUGUUGCCAACAGAGCUUGCAGGUUGUUUGAUAUCCUAGUUGUGUUUUAUACAUUCAUUCGUGAGAAUUAACUUUUGUAAAUUGUUUUAAAGAAAAAUAAUGGAUUAUGUUUUGCUUGUUAAAUACAAUCUGAACU